UUGUAAACAUUCCAGGUAGAUGACCCAACUUUUCGAACGGAGACGCCAUUAAAAAUGGCGGACAAGUCUGUCGUAGCGCUUGUCCUAUCUAUGAUAGCGGUCGCUUUCCUUGUUGGAGCUUUCGCAAGUCCAUACUGGGUAGAAUCUUUCCAGAAAUCAGACAGUCGAUUUAUUAAGGCAGGGUUGUGGGAGUUUUGUUUCAAUGAUUACACGUUUUGGAAGGACUACAAUGGAAACAGGUACAAGGGCUGCUGGUAUAUCUUCUCCGACCAGUACAGGCCUAUUUGGGAAUGGCUCUCCCCUCAUUGGUUCAUGGCUGUACAGGUGAUGGUGAGCGUGGCACUUCUGUUCCUGGUCAUCACAACGUUUACAGGUAUCCUGGCUGUUUGUCACGUGUUCCCGGAAUACCUUGAGGAAAUCAUCUUAUUGGGCUGUAGCCUCGUCAAGUUUGUCAUAGUGAUUAUACAGUUCAUUGUCCUGGUGCUGUUUGGGGUCCAGAAGGAAGACCGACAGUGGGUGCCACGGCCCGAUCAGAACUUCUUGUCAUGGUCCUACGGACUCUUUGCAGUUUCUACAAUCAUGACACUUGCUGCAGCUGUCACACUUCUCAAGGCUGGUCUCGACCUUCGAAAGAAACUCAAGGAAGAUUUCCCUAGGAGGCGCUACUAGUUCAAAUUUGUCCGUAAACUUUCGAAUCAAACUUGUGAAGAACAUGUUACCACAGAUAUACAAAUAUAAAGAUCAUAUUUAUGACUUUGUCUUGGAUAUCUUACGUAAUGAUUUAUCAAAAUAUUGAAUGUAAACAGGUAAUUUAAACAUUUAAAUUAUCAUCAAGAUUUUGAAUCUUCAGUAAAAAUUAGGACAAGGAAAUGCAACCGUUAUAAUUUUCUUGCACAGUUCCAUCAUUUUCAUGCAUUGAAAGAAUUUGUAAAUAUACAUGUUCUUUUAACUUAUUCACCCCUGAAAUUUCCUAAUGAACUAUUCCAACCUUUGAAUUGGAAGACCAGUUCAGAUGUAUUUUCAGGGGUGAAUGAGUUAAUGCUCGAGUCUAGAUGUUUGUAAAUAUCUGUUUAAAUUCAGUUACAAAGAAUGCAAAUAUAUCUUAAAGAAGCUCCAUGAGGGAAGACAACAUACCAAACUGCUUUUCAUAUAUUUCCAAGUGCUGAAAUAAUUAAUAUCAAGUAAAUAUUUAGAAAUUUAUUCUGCAUUUCUUGCAUAUCUUGAGUUUCAAUUAUAACAAAGAUUAAAAAUGUAUGCACUGAAAGUUCAGGACUUGUCACUGAAUAUGGCUUAUACGUAAUUUUGCACUUUAUAAGUCAAGCAUCACAGUUUUUAUUU